UCAGCUGUGCCAGUCCUCCCAUAACUCAUUAAGGAGACCGAGGAUUGGGUGGAAAUUUCGUGAGAGAACGUUAAGUUGAGGAGGCGGUGGUGGAAAAUGCCGGCGACGUCGACAUUGGUGGGUGCGCUGCUCGGUCUUGGUACCCAGAUGUACUCCAAUGCCCUCCGCAAGCUCCCAUACAUGAGGCAUCCUUGGGAGCACGUGCUUGGAAUGGGGCUCGGCGCCAUCUUCGUGAACCAACUCGUUAAGUAUGAUGAGAAGCUCAGGGAAGAUCUUGACAAGAUGCUUGAAAAGGCCAAGGCCGCCAACGAGAGCAGAUACUUCGAUGAAGAUGAUGUCUAGUUCUAAGCUCGUUCUCUGUUUCUGUAGCUGGUUUGGUAUGCUCUGCCUGCCAUCUUAUUAGUCUCUCAAAACCAUUCCGAUUGCUCUGCGAGAGAAAUUGUAUCUUUAAUGUAUGGAUGCAAGUGGUAAAAACGGAAAUAAGUUGCGGGUUGGUUGAAUUUUGAUAACUGUUGCAGUUUUUCUUUUAUUUCUUCCAAUAUUUGAAAUCAAUGUCAAAUCAACACUUCGGAAAAAGUUUAGAUUAGACUUGGUGAUCUA